CCCCCCCCCCCCCCCCCCCCCCCCCCCCCACCCCCCCCCCCUCCCCCCCCCCCCCCCCCCCCCCCCCCGGCUGGCUACUUAUUUGUCAUGGCUGGCUAGUAUGAGCCUUAGUGGAAAGCCCUGGGAAUGCAUAAAUGUCAAGUUCGAUUUUAGAUUUGCGAACCCGAAAAAAAAGUUGAAAAACCGGCGUUAAAAAAAAAAAUUUCAACCGCACAAACGGCACUCACCCGGCCGGUGGACCAGAAACAGAACGUUUUUUAAUAAUGGCCUCAUGUGAGUCGCGAAAGACUUUUUGUGGGUCAUCUCGCAUGUUUCCUUAGUGGUCAUCCAGCUGUUUGCAUAUGACCUCAAAAUAGCUGCCAGUUUAAAAGCUACACCUCCACCUGUGAUGUUUCUGUACAGUUAAAAAAAAAUAGCAUCGGCUAUUAAAAUUACAGACUGUGUAUUAAAUAGGUACAGUAUUCUUUGUCUUGUCUUUCUCCACAAAAGUACAAAAAGCCACUGUUCUGAAACUGAUUAAACACAAGCACUUGAAAACGUUCUAAUCCAAUUAACACCAAUACUGUAGCAAGAAGCACGCAACAAGUUCUAAUCUAAUUAAAACUUUCAAUGAUGUUGCAAAAGACAAGGCCGAUUGUGGAACCUAUGGUAUAGGUGGUGAUUGCUUUCCCGCAGUCUCACUUUAGCAGAGCAGAGACCUUCUCUGCGUUGGGUUUGAGCUGUUUCUGUUGGCAUGUGAACAUGCAUUGAGGAUUCUAGAUUUUUAUUUAUACACAUUGCUAAAAGCAAGGUAGCAAGGUUGGGUGGGGGGUGGGCGAUCCAGCCCAAUUUUCACAAAUCCGUUUUUUUUUUUUUUUUACCUGGCCCUCCGCUCAGUUCUGACUGCAUUGCGGACUGAGCACUUUCGAAUUCGACUAUUUCGCUUGCUCCCGCAAACUGACGGUUCAUUGUAUGCAGAAUAGCCUAUGGAUUCACAAUUUUAUUGAGCUGUGGCUGUAUAGCUGGGCCCGGUAUGUUGCAUUGAAAUCAAUGGAAUUGAAUAUUGGCAGAGCAGUGCUCAGCGCUUUGCUGGAGCUGAUGUGCAGAGGACAUUCGGAAACAAUUCGAAUAAAAUCUGGCAACCCUAUGUAUACAGUUCUGUCACGUGAGAGGGCUAGUACGAAUCACGAAUUUGUGUACGAGUGUUCUUGCAAUUAGUUUUAAAAUUGCCUAAAGUUGAGAAUGCUUGCUUGGCUGUCAAAAAACAAGGGGAAUGUUGAUGAAACAUCAAAGGUCAGUGCAGCUCAAGGUGAGGGAAGUCAGGGGGCAAUCGAUGAAGCUAAUACCAAUGUUAGUAUUGAAAAUGCAGAUAAAGAGGCUAGCAGUGUUAACGCUGUGCAAGGAUCGGAGCCCCCAGCAAAAAAGAGAAAAUCAGCAGCAAGGCCUUACAAAGACUAUUUUUUGAAUUAUGGUUUUGUCAAUUGUGCUGCUCCUAGCCACGAUGCAAGGCCAAUGUCUGUUAUCUGCAGCAAAAAACUGGCCAACGAAAGUCUUAAACCAACUAAACUUAAGAGGCAUCUUGAAACGCUGCACCCAGAUUUGGUACAAAAGCCCUUAGAUUUUUUUCAAAGAAAGGCACAGGAGAUGAAAGCAUCAGCCGACAUUCUACAAAAAAAAAAAGUCACGUUGAACGAAAAAGUCCAACUCGCCUCUUACAAAGUUGCUCACCGUGUGGCCAUGGAGAAACAACCACACACCAUAGCAGAGAAGUUAAUUUUGCCUGCCGCAAUUGACAUGGUCAGCGCUGUUUUAGACGAGAAGUCGUCUGAAAAAUUAAAAAGCAUUCCCUUAAGCAACAACACUGUAUCACAAAGAAUACAUGACAUUGCAGACAACUUGGAAGAGCAGCUUGUUACCUUACUAAAGAAAGCAGGAUGUUUUUCAAUACAACUGGAUGACAGCACAGACGUUGCAGACUGCGCCACUUUUCUGGUGUAUGUUAGAUAUGCAUGGGAAAAUGAAUUUUUGGAGGACUUGUGUUGCUUGAAUAUCCCAAUGGGAACCACAGGAGAAGAUAUUCCGUGUCUUGAACGACUACAUGGUAAAGUGUGGACUUGAGUGGGGUAACUGUGCAGGUGUACAGUAACUAGCGAUGGGGCAGCAAAUAUGACGGGCAGGAAAAGCAGAGUUGUGGCACGAAUAAAGGAGGCAGUGGGGAAGGAAAUUACAUGGAACCAUUGUUUCAUACAUCGCCAGGCACUGGCAUGCAAGGGUAUGCCCCCUGCCCUAGAGAAAACACUAAGGCAAGUUAUUCACAUUGUAAACUUCAUUAAGGCCAGCUCACUCAACACCCGACUGUUCGAUCAAUUGUGCACUCACAUGGGAGCCGAAUACACGCACUUACUGUUUCACACGGAAGUGCGCUGGUUGUCCAAAGGCAGAGUUUUAACAAGAUUUUAUGAACUGAGACAUGAAAUCCAUGCCUUCCUCAUCCAGAAAAAGUCCCAUCUUGCCGAAUUGUUCACCGACGAUUGGCUUCUCAAUUUGUCGUAUCUGGCCGACAUCUUUUCAUUGCUCAACGAACUGAACCUGAAAUUACAAGGAUUGCACGACAAUGUUUUCUUUAAUUGGAAGAAUGUCCAGGCUUUCCAAAAGUCAUUGAAGCUGUGGCUUGCAAGACUCAGAAGGCCAGACCCAAGUUACUACAUGUUCCCCACUAUGCUGCAGCACGUAGAAGAACAUGUGAACCACCUCUCUGCGCUUAUUCAAACUCCUCUCGCUGCGCUGAUCGAGAGAUUUGAUUGCUGUUUUCCAUCCUGGGUGAUAAAAGAUGGAUCCAAAAUCCCUUUGAGUUUGAGAGACCCGAAUCUUUGCUCAAGUUGACACUGGGUCCUGCAGAAGAAGCUGAGUUGUUGCAGCUCAGCUGCGAUCGCACUCUGAAAACUGUUCAAGUCUGUGACCUUAUCAUUCUGGAUAACAGUUUCAGCAGAUUACCCUGUCCUUAGUAGGACCAGUAUUUCGAUUCUCAUUCCAUUCACUACAACCUACAUGUGCGAAUUGGGAUUUUCUGUCCUCACAAAAAUGAAGACACAGCACAGAAACAGAUUGAAUGCUGCGCCUGAUAUGCGUGUUGCGCUCUCCUCCUGCAACCCGGACUGGAGCGCACUACAAAAACGCAGACAGGCCCAUCUAUCCCAUUAGCGGAUAAUGUAAAAAUAAGCAAUCUUUAUAUAGCCUAAUUAUUUUAUUGACUAUUUUGGUAUUUUUGUUUGUUUUUUGUUUGCAUUUUCAAGAAAUGGGCAACAUUUAAUGUUUAAAUGGGUUACUUGUGGAUGAUUGUUGGUUCAAUUACUGUUUAAAUCUUGAAUAAUAGGCUACUAACUGUUCAGAUGAUGGACUGUUCACUGAAUAAAAUAUACUACUCCUUAAUGUUCAAUAAUGGUCAAGUACACAUUUAUUUCUUGAUUUACUUAUAAUGUCCACUGACUUGGGUCGCAAAGGUUUCUGACUUCUAAAAUGUGGGUCCCUAGAAAAAAAACUUUGGGAAACACUGCUCUACCACCUAGCCCAAUAUCGUGUCAAAUUCAGUGCCAAAAUACACUAUUUAUGCAAUUCAUUUGUUUAUCUUCAUAAUAUACCACAAUUUAGAAUUUCUAAAUGCAGAACUGAAUUUCCCAUACUCAAACUUAUUUUUAGACACCAAGAUCAUUUAAAAAUGGAUUAUCCAAUCAUAAUAGAGACAAAAAAAACACACAGAAGGGUGGCCAUCUUGGAAAAUGGAGGCCAUAUUGUUUUUUUUUUUUGCGUGGCUAACGGGCUUUUUGGGUAAAGUAGGUCUAGAAGAAGAUUUGUGCCAAAUUUCAUGCUUGUAUCACAAAGUGAGCGAUUCUUACACUAAUCUGCUGUACACGCUCCUGGCUGCUAAGAGGACAGCAGGUAGAGAAGGCAACAGAGGCAAUAUUACUGCGCAGCUCAGGUUUGGUUUUCUAGAUUGAAAAAGAAAAAUGAUAGGAAAUAUAAUAUAGCACAGCUGUUUUUUCUUCCUUGUGAUAAGCUAGCUAGGCUUAGUCUAAGAAAAAUUGAAGCAAGAUUUACACCUGUAGUUUACAGAUUUUAUAAAUAUCAAGUGGCCUGUGUUUUUAUCAAGUAUAUUAAGCACUAUGGUGUAGUCGAUGUAGAUUUCCAUGUAAAGAUGCACAACUGUUUUAGUGACAGGUUGGAAAGGAUAACAUUAAUACCAGUGUGCAACUUUGAUGCAUUCAUGUAAUUUCCUAAAUGUCAUCAAUAAGAUCUUUUUGUAGGUCUGCUAGUGUACAUAACUAAAUAAGUAAGAUGACAGCCUGUUCCACAGAGGUUAUUUGCCUGAUCUUAAUUGGUAUUAUAAACCUAUCAACAUAAAAGUAAGGGGAAACAAUGCUACAGGUAUCUGGUGUAAUGCAGAGUGUUAGUUAUCUGCUUAUGCAAGUCUGUAAACUGUAUUAACUGAGGACAGGGGCAGAAUUGUGAGCAUGCUUUUUUUUUUUUUUUUGUUACACAGUGUUAAAUCAAAUAUGAAUAAUACAGUUAUCAACACAUCAUCUGGCUUCUGUCCAGAUGUUCCUUGUAGAUAACUCUGUUUUAAAAGCUAUAGUCCUUUUGUGUUCCGAUCAUCUUUGUCUUACAAAUGAACUUGAUAAUAAUGACAGUCAUUUACGUUGGUAAUAAAUGCUUUUGUCACAUGCCAGGAAAACGUGCAAAGGCAAAGACGCAUUAAUCCAAAAGAAGAUGCAAAAUUUUAUGUGAGCAAUGGAAGGGACAAAGUGGGACUCGAUGUAAAAUACAUUAAUGCCUUCAAAGGUCGUGGCAUCUUCACUACCACUCCAUUUGCAAAAGGUGACUUCCUGUUGGAGUAUCAAGGUGAACUAAUUAGCAAGCAGACAAGCGAGAGGAGAUGGAGAAUAUACCAUGACUGCCUUAAGGUGUUCAUGUUCGAGUUCCAAUUUAAUAGGACACUGUGGUGUGUUUAUGCAGCCAGUGAGGAUGGGUCUCUUGGAAGACUUGUUAAUGAUGACCAUAUAAACCCUAAUGCCAAGAUGAAGUACUUGACAGUGGAAGGGAAGCCCCAUCUGUGUCUAUUUGCUAUAAGAGACAUAAGUCCAGGGGAGAUCACCUAUAAUUACGGAGACUCAGACUGACCAUGGAGAUGCAAGAAACCAGGAGGAAUGUCCACAAAGGGUCAACAUGGAGAGGUACCACACAGAUCAGAGCUUUCUAGGAGUGCUCAGAAGGUAUCAGCAAGUCAGCAGCAAAAAAAGACAUCUACUGGUGCAUCAGCUGGUUGUCUAAAAGGCUUUGAUAGAGGUCUUGAUGAGGAAAUGCCUCAGCAAGGUUCUGAGACCACAAAUUCUCCAUCAAAAGCUGAAGAUUUUGAGAUGAUGACUGAGGAGAACCAGAUUAAGACGGCUGAAGGGAUCCAGAUUAAGAAGGCUGAGAAGAACCAGAUUCAGAUGACUGAGGAGAACCAGAUUCAGAUGGCUAAGGAGAACCAGAUUCAGACAAGUUCAGGUCCACUUGGCAGAGUUGGAAAGAUGAUGACUGAGAAGAACCAGAUUCAGACAGCUGAGGGGAACCAGAUUAAGAUGACUGAGGAGAACCUACAACCCCGAUUCCAAAAAAGUUGGGACAAAGUACAAAUUACGGCUGAGGGGAACCAGAUUCAGACAAGUUCAGUGCUUGGUCCACUUGGCAGAGUUGGAAAGAUGAUGACUGAGGCGAACCAGAUUCAGACAGCUGAGGAGAACCAGAUUAAGACGACUGAGGGGAACCAGAUUCAGAUGAAUGAGGGGAACCAGAUUAAGAUGACUGAAGAGAACCAGAUUCAGUUGACUGAGGAGAACAAGAUUCGCCUCAGCAGAGAUGGAAAGUUUGUUCAGGCAUCUGGCAUAAAUCCUGCCUCAGACGAAUUACAAAUGAGAACUUCCACCACCCGUCACAGGAGCAACAGCUUUCUAAACGUUCUGGGGAUGAACCUCUGUCAGAUCAGGAUAGCGCAUCACAUUCAGAACUGGAUCAAGUAUCAGAUGAUCUUCAGAACGUGUCUGAUGAGGAUUACAUACCAGACUCUGAGUCAGAAAAUGAGGACAAUGAAGAUUCAGAUGCAAGCAUCCCCUUUCUGCCUCAUCAGAUGAAAGCUAAACAGAUUCACAUAAAACCAGUAAUACCAGAUGAUUGGACAUCUUAUGGGUCAGAUACAAGCAUCUCAGUUGUGCACAGCACAACUCUUCAAGAUCACAUGGUUUCCAAUGCUGCUGAAACAUCAGAAUCAUCAAAUUCUAUCAAAAAGUUAUCAAAGGAAAAGCCACAGGAUCGAGCAGAGCGUAACAACCAAGAAUCAGCAUAUCUGACAACAAGUAAUAAAAAUUACCGUUACAAAAUUACCAGUUUCCACAACACAGCUGGCCAAGAUUUCCAAGCUGCUUUUGUCAAUGGAGAAAGGACAUCUUUCCAGCCUGCAGGGGAAAUCAUUGGAUGAGAUUGAAAUUGAAGACGAAAUUCCAUUCAGUGACACUGAGGCCAAGGACAGCGAGAGCGAAUCCGAUGACAGUGGCACAGCAUUCACGGCAUCAGUGUGUGGGACUAGUGAACCUGUGGAUGCUCCCUCAGACUCUAUCACAGAGCAAGUCCAUGACAUUUAGUGAUUUUGGAACAGUGUCAUCUGUUACAUCGACAGUAACUGAGACUGUCCCUCUGUCUGAAGGACAAGACACUGGUCAAGAACAUGAGUCCAGAAGACUGCCAAAGAAACCGUGGUCUAAGGCUGAGGUUGCUGCAGUCAUGUGGUAUUUCAGGGAUCACAUAAGUAAAGGAAAACUGGCCACAAAAACCGAAUGUAGUCAUUGUAAGCUGGUAGAAGACCCUGUUUUAGAACAACGCACAGUGCAAAAUAUAAGGGACUUUGUCAGAAACCGAGGAAUAGCUGCAAAGAGGCAGUCACAGAAACAAAAGCUGUAACUCCACUGGGAAUCCACUCUGGGUUUUUUGUAUACAUGUUGUGAUUAUGUUGAUGGAGUCACUCGUUUUAUAAAUCCAUCUGUUUCCAACAUGGGUUUUCUAAAUUAGUUAAGGAUCUGAUUUUCAUUGGAAAGCUUGUGGGUUUUAAAAGGUUUUGUUGUCUAGCUGUUAGUCACUGUCACUCCCUAACAAAAUGAUGUUUCUGCAUCAAACAAAUAUACCUUUAAAAUGAAACUGCUUGACUUUGGCAAUUGGCUGUAUGAAAAAGUUCCAUAUGUAGCCAGAUAACUUUUAAAUGUUCAUGCAAAAGGGCAGUCAAAAACUACUGCUGUAUGUAAACACAGUUUGUUCUUUUUGUUGGGGGUGUUGAUGCCUUAAGGUUUUAUCAACCUUUGCAUCCAUUGUUCUAAAAUGGGUCUUUGCAAGUUAGAUAAUAAUGGGGUAUUGGCAGGAAAGUUAAUGUGAGCGUUCAAAGUUGUGACUGUGGUUGACUGUUUGUGUAACUACAGUUCAGUUUAACGUUCAUUUUAACAUAAUUCAAUUGGCGUUGCAAAAACAAAUCAUAUAUGCAGCCAGAUAAUUAAUAGAAUUAAGAAGUACAGUUAUUUUUAUACAUAAUUUUGUUUAUAUGCUGAUAUAAUAUUAAAAUGCUGAAU